AAUCUUUAAUCUAUAGCAGUCUAUGGUACAUUCCAAACGCGUUUGCAUUUUUGUUGUGAGAGGAAAAGUAAAAUUUUAUUUUUUGUAAAAAAUAUUGUUUCAAUUAUUGGUUUUAUACAAAUUUACUUACUAUGAGCAUUCAAUUUGUUUAGUUCCGUAUAUUUUGAGAUACAAAUAGGGAAGGAUAGGACGUUUAGUGUUUCGUUUCGCUGUGUAGCGAAGUCAGUCAUCUAGCGGUUUUUAUUUUCCUUUCAACACAGUGUAUUACGUCGUUUCACACUCUCCCGUUGAUAAAACAAGCUACACAGCUCAAUAUACGUUCGUUAAAGGUGUUUUGAAUGUGUAUGGAAUGUGAGGCGUAUACAGAAAAUGGACAUGGUAGCGGCAAGUUGCGGCAAGAAGGAGUCCGGCCGCAACACUGUAAGCAAGAGUCAGGGACCGGCGGCGUUAGCGAGGUGCGCCUGGGCUUCCCGUGCGGCGUGGGGCGCGGGCCUGCCCGCCGGCAGAUGUAUCUCAGCGUGGCGGCGGCCGACGUCACGCCCGCCGCGCCCGCUGCGCUCCUCGACGAUGCUUCCACUGAGCUUCCCUUUAUGAGCAACAUGGAUGAGAUAUCCUAUUGGAUUUACACCAAGCGGGCUCCUUGCCUCAUGAACUAUGACAAUCUCAUCAAGAAACAGUAUGAGGAAGCGCACAGCUCCAAAUCGAAGCCGAAAAGUGUUCACGAGGUGCCUUCACCCAAAAAGAAGAAGAAAAGAAAACUAUCCAUCCUCGAUGAUGAAUCAGUGUGUGCUGACAAACAGCAAAAUGUUUACUUUGAUGUUUCACAAAGGAAUAAUAAGAAAAUGAUCAUAAGUAGUAAGUCUGAUUCUCACGGUUCGGACAUUGAUUUCAAUAUUAAAAACUCAUCAAUACAAGGCAAACCAAAGAGGUCUAAAUUACAGAGGAGCAGUCGCACCACUCUGCACAAGAAAAACAAAAUCAUCACAUCCACACCAAAAGUGACAUCACUGAGAAGGAGCCUGCGGCAGGCUCAGCAGACACUAAACAAUAGUCACUUAAAUAUGUCAUUUAUGUUUGGAUCUGGAGUUGUAAAUGGCAGUAAUGUCAAAAACAAUGUUUCUUUAGAAGAGACUGCUGCAGAUAAACAAAAAUUAGAAAACCUUGCAGGUGGAGAUCAGUGCACUGACAAGAAAAAUGCUACUAAUGAUAAAGUUAAGCCUAAUGGGGUGAAUGGACAAUUUGAAGACCUGAGUGACAUGUCUGGCUUCACUGCAAACUACAUACGGUCUACUAAAGUGCAAUCUAAGAAGACACCAAGGAAACUGAGGUGUAAGUCUGCUAGAAACCUUGUAAAGGACUCUAAACCCAACACAUCUAAAGAGAGCACCACUGUUAUGUGUGUCAACAAAUCAGUGAACACCCCACAACAAAAAGCUACAGUUUUGAACUGCAGCACUGAUUCAUCACAAAAUGUUAUCAACUUAGUCACCACUAAGGACAAUGACAAACCAACAAAAGUUAACAAAAGCACAUCUUUACUGAAAUUCAUGGACACAAAGUCCAAGAGUAAAGAAAGCGUAAGUAAACCAAAAAACAAUGUCAACCUAAACAUCUCAUUCCAGUCUAGCACUUCAAGGUAUCCUAAAAGAACGAAAACGACAAAAACUGUAACCAAUGCACAGACUAAUAACAAUGAGAGGAAAGUUAGCAAAAAUUCUAGUGAAUUUGACAAUUCAGACAGGAAGGAAAACCCAGAUGACAAAAUAGUGUCUAGGACACGGAGCGGAAGGACUCUUGGGCUGACUUUGAGACAGCCCGAAAACACUGUACUUGUGCUUAGCAAUUCUACUGAGCAAGUCAGUUCCAUGGUGAGCAUGAAUGUAGCCAGCCCCCGAGCAGGGAGAGAACGGGUGAAAAGGAAGAAGCGUGUGUUAAACAGAACUGUACGCACAAGAAGGAGUGGGCAGUUGGCUCAAAAAGACUCUACGCGAGAUAAAAGUGGUUUCGCGGCGUGUUUUUCGGACAGUGACAAUGACAGUGAGCCUCUCCAGAGGAAGUUUUUCUGCACAUGAAGUUAGUUAUUGUUCCAGUCUCAAAAAGUUAUUCUAAACCAAGUACUGACUAGGAAUUACAAAUUAUUACUGGUUUUCACCAACCUUCACAAAUCUUAGACUGAAAUGUAACACUAUGAUAUGAAAGUGCCGUGCCGUUGCAUUGUUUCAUUUGGUGUUGAUAUACAAUUAACAAAAAAUGCUAGCUGUUAUAUGUCUUCUAUGUUUAUGGGAAGGUUGAUGUAAACAGCCAUAUAAAUCACAAUCUAUAAUCAAUUUCAGAACCAUAUUUAAUACAUUAGGUAGUUGUAUGCUUGUAACAUCCCAAUAUUGCCCCAUGUAAGACUAAUAUUGGUAUUUCGUGAAAACUAUAUAGGUUUCCAUUAAACAGAAAUGUUUUUAAUGUAUGGAUUUGCUCAGUGCCUCUUCCAAGCACAGCGCAAUGUAAAUAUUGGCGUAUUUAUGACAAAAUAUACAUGUAUUUAACUUAUACUACAGGACUUUAUGUAUUGUUGAUUCCACAAUACUAGUGAUAAAAGCAUUUUGUUACAUUGGACAUUUUGAGUAUAUUUGUAUCAUUUAGCUGGCCAAUUGAUGCAGAUUAUUAUAGAGACUAUGUUCCUAAAGGGUUGAUUGUGAGAAUAUCAGAUUGGAAUAUGAAUGUGUAAAUGUAUUACAAUUAAUUAGAAAUAACUAUGGAAUUUUGAAGGCAUAACAAUAUGUUAAUUAAUUAAAGCCUUAAUGUCAAUAUGAACAAGAUUGUCUCAAUGAAUGCAUAAGUUGCUAUUAUAAUAUUUUAUAUUAUUACAAAAUGGUGGAUUGCUACUUAACUUUUUGUCUAAACAGCAACAAUUUGUAACCUAAUCACCAGUCACUUCCCUUAAAAGUUGUAUGUUGGCUCAAUGUUUUUGUGUUGCAAUGUUAAUUAUUUUGAUGUGUUGUAUGUUAUAUCACAGAUGUGAACUUGGUAUAUUAGCCUCAGAUUAGGUUGAUCUUUAUUAUGAGAUAUAAGUAAAAGUUAUGAAAUUAUUGCCAAAAAUAAUAAUAAUUUUUACUACUUAUGCCUUUAUCCAUGAGUUAUUUCAAUAAAUGUAGAGAUAGUGGAGGCUCUGAGGGGUUCCAAAAUUGUUUAACAAGCAAGGAACAAACUUUUUGAGGCGGGUAACAUCCGUGUUGUAUGUAUGUGUGAAAUCAGUAUUUGGACUGAGGAGUGUUUUGGAUAAGGAUGGUUGUUCAUCUUAUCACCUCGCCGCUGAAAAUAGUUCUUGCCACAAAAGAUUAUAAAGCCGUGUAUUCAUUAGGCACUAAUGGCACAUCAAAUCUUUUUAAAACACAAAGGUCACAUUAUGACCCAUACGAAAGAUUUUUCGCACUAGAAAUUGCAGAUUUUUCCUGGACAUAUUACACUUGUAGAGCAAGAAUAUUUGGUUAUUGUUGAUAUUGUAAGUAAAAAUUCUGGCCUUUUAGUUCCUUACUAAAACAAAUCAAAGUAAACUGAAAAAUUGUUAAUGGCAAAAUUCUACACUGUUGAGUGUUGCAUGCUAUUUUUGCCUAGUAAAUAAAUGGCUUUAGAUUUUGGGCUCUGCAACAAUUUGUGUAUAACACAGGUUGCAUUGGAUUUAUUUUGUACAAAGUGCCAUUUGAAAAUUAAUAUAAAUUGUAAUUAUAAUGUAAUUGGAGUAAGUAGGUGUCGUAGCAGCGGAUAUUCACAGAUGUAUCACACAAAUUCUGUUUUGAACCAAUUUCUAGACAGGGUGUGUCAUGUGUAUUUGUUGAUAAGCAUUGAUAGCAAUGGAAAAUAUUUCUGAUAUUAAAUUAAUUUGUAUAUAUUAGUCAAUUAAUUGAUUUCCAACAUGAAAAAGUUUUUUAAUUUUUUAUUUAUAAAUCAAUUGUAUAAUUUAAUACCAGAAUUUUAUAUUAGACUUUAUGUGUAUGUUAUUUAUUGUCUGUGAAUUUUCCGUUGUAAGUGACAAAGGGUUCAGAGUGUUGAUGCCAGGGGUGCCCGCGGUCUUCACAUGAUUUUUAUUUCACCAGUGAUUGAUUUGUGAAUAACAUGUACAACUGAUGCUUCUGUUUAUAGCUUGUCUGAAGUCAAUUACAAGUGGAAACAGAUUUGUUUUCGAAUAUUAAAGGAUAAGGUGAUAGCAGAGAUUGACUGACUUCAGGCUGUCUGUAAAUACUGGCUCUAUAAAAGGCAGAGAACAGUCAGCAGAUGGUUUUUAAUUGUAUAUUAAUGAGUGAAUAUUUUAAAAUAUGUGAUAAUAUCCUGUUAUUACAUGAACUGUAAUAAUUUAUAAUAAUAUUAUAAAUUAUUAUUAUCACAAGACAGCAUAAAGCCCACUAAAAUAUUAUUUUAAUGGGCUUUAUGCUGUCUUGUGAUAACAGACAUUUUAAAGCGAUAAAUAAUAAAUAUUUUAUAAUAAGAGCUGUACUCUGCCUUGAUUGUAGUGAUAUUUGAUGGUUAAAUAAUGUUCCAUCAAACUAUAUACUACACCUAUCAUCAAUUAUGUUUUACUGCUAUGUCCAUUUUAAAAAGUAGGUAAUUGACUGACAGAGAAAUCUAGAUAAAAAUCUAUAUUCAUUGAUAUAAUUUAUAUUAAUUACGCUCUCUUUAGAAAUUAAUUUUAACUUUCUCUAGCCGCAACAGCUAUUUUCCAGAAUAAAGGAAGCAACGGAAGUGAGAUAAAUAAUACAUACAAAGAAUUGCGCGUGGAAUAGCCAUACAUAAUAGUAAUUUUAUUAUAAGUAACAUGAAUUAUUAAUAAAUUUAAAAUUUUAAACGAGAAAAGCGCGUAUUGCGUAUGAUUUAUUUAUUUCUGGUGUUAAGAGGUCUUAUGAAAUAAAUAAAAUCUAUACAAGGAUAUAAAACUUUAUUAAUUAUAUCAGAAGAUUUGUAUAUUACUUUUUAUUAUACUGUAUACUUUUUAUUUUGUUCCGUGCACUUGGAUCUCAGUGGCAGUUAUUUAUAUUGAAAUAUUGUGAUGGCUGUUCCAUUUUGCAUUAAUUAAAUAUAAAAAUAUUGUUAUUAAAUAAGAACAGGAAUAGUGAAAGCCCCGGGCGCGUCCGUCAGCCGACCUAUGUACCCAAGGCGAACCAUGACUGUGUUAAUGUAUCCGAGUAUUAGCAUGCGUAAUGCGUAUACAUAAAUAAAUAUAGAGCACGUUUCGUUUCAUAAAUUUAUGAAAUAUUUGUGUACAUUUUUAGCUUUAUGUAUUUCAAAUUACUCAGUAAAGUUACUCUUAUCCAU